AAAAGUAGUUCUGCAUGCUUUUAUUUUUUGAUGCAAUAAAAAAUAACUUAGUCAAUUUUCGAAACGAUUAUUGAUUGAUGCAUAACAUUCGUGACAGUUGAUGCGCAAAUGCAUAACCAUAUCAAGUGAACCUUUUGAACUCGAAGUAUUUUAUGUCGCGUUUUUGUAUGUGCUAUAAUUUACAUGUUGAUUAUUGAAUCUUGGUCUUCCAUUUAUUUGAAAAUAAAAUUCAUAUCUUAGUUAUUUAAUAAUAAUAACCUCAAAGUUUAUGACAGCCAGUUUCAUAACAUUGCUAGUGGUAGAGAUUAUUAGUUAGGUUUUAUCAGAUAGUGCACCUCUUAAUAAUCUGACAGCAGAAAAAAUAACAAAAUAUGAAAAAAUAUGACAAUUUAGCACAUGCUUUAAGAAUACGAGCUGUGAGUGCACUUAGUUAACUGUGAAGUCUAAAAUUGAAUAUUAAACAUAACUGAAAACCAACAUAGAAAAUGAGCGACUGUUUCUUGAUUGCUGAUCAAUACUUUUCAAAGUCAGAUUCGAUGUCACUUCAUUCCACAUCGGCAAAAUUGAUUGUGGAAAAUCCUUUAUGGGAGCAAAAUACGUUCGUUGGUCGGUUCCGUCACUUCUUAUGGAUGACCGAUUGGCGAUCCUGUUUUGCUUCAGAACGUGAUCUCGAUAAAGCAGAAGAAUUGAUAAAAAAAUGCAAACGCGGUGAAGGAUGCGGUGAUGCGACAAGGUGCGACUUGAUUUACGCGAAGAAGCUAUAUGAAUCAGCCUUCCACCCGGACACUGGAGAAAAACAAAAUCUUUUUGGACGCAUGUCAUUUCAAGUGCCCGGAGGAAUGGCCAUUACCGGUGCCAUGCUACAAUUCUAUAGAACUAAUACAGCGGUAGUGUUCUGGCAAUGGGUAAAUCAAUCCUUCAAUGCUCUGGUGAACUACACAAACAGGAAUGCAAAUUCUCCUGUCAGUACUGUUCAGCUAGGUGUCGCUUACGUGACAGCGACUACAUCCGCACUUAUAACAGCUUUGGGUUGUAAAUCAUAUUGGCAGAAAAAUGCUUCUCCCUUUAUGCAGAGAUACGUUCCUUUUGCCGCAGUAGCAGCUGCUAAUUGCGUUAAUAUUCCGAUGAUGCGCCAAACAGAAUUAUUAGCAGGAAUAGACGUUGUAGAUAGUGAAGGCCGCAUUAUAGGAAAAUCACGGUUAGCUGCUGCAAAAGGAAUCAGUCAAGUUGUUUUAUCAAGAAUAGUAAUGGCCGCGCCGGGAAUGCUCGUUCUUCCGAUUAUUAUGGAAAGAUUAGAAAAAUUUGAUUGGAUGAGAAGACUAAAAAUAUUACAUGCACCUAUGCAAGUUAUGAUGGUUGGAUGUUUCUUGACUGUCAUGGUACCUACAGCAUGUGCCCUCUUUCCUCAGCAAUGUUCUCUCAAAAUUUCUACGAUUGAGCGUUUUGAACCUGAAUUUUAUGCUGACAUGAAAUCGAAUAACGACAAAUUACCAGAAUUAGUAUAUUUUAACAAAGGCUUGUAACAAAAUGAUAAUGGUAGAAUACAUUGUUUCUAGUUACAUGGUAAAACUAUGUGUAUGCACGAAAAAGACAAUAAUUUUCUUUAAAAUCU